CUGACCACAGGACUCAUUACCUUUUGCAGUAAUUUCCCCAUUACUAGAGGAGGUUGGAGGGAAUAAGCCAGCGUUGGAUAUUCUCUUGUCUGGGAUUCAGCAGAGCAAUUUAAGGAGCACAGAAUGGACUCAGACCUUUCUUCCACAGCUGCACAGGCGGGCAAGCAGCCUGUGAUGGGGCCCUGCUCAGAAGACCCCCAUCUCUGCUGGGCCUCCCGGCUCCUGGGAUUCACCAGCCUACUCCUCAGCGUCUGCUGCCCUGGGGUCAAGAGUUCUGGGACACAUGGUUCUGGAGUUCAGGAUUCUGGAGUCCAUGUUCCUCUGCACAGGGUCCGAGGAGGUUCUGUAUCGUUUAACGUGACCAGGAAGCAAGAAGCUCACCUGGAGGAGGUCACAUGGGGCUUUGGCCCUGACUCAAAUUACAGAGUCCUGCUGCGAGUCGGUGCUGAAGCAGACGCUCCCACUUGGGUCAGCCUCCAGGACAAGUAUCAGCAGAGGGUCCAUGUGCCCAGCAUCUUGUCCCUGAAGAUUGAGAACCUGACCUCUGAGGACAGUGGACUGUACCGGGCUCGAGCCAGCUUCACUGGAGGAAUAGAACGUAACCAAGUUUUCCCCCUUACCGUCUAUGAGCCGGUGCCCCUUCCCCAGAUCCUGUUCAAGUUACUGUCCAUCACACCAGGCUGGUGCAAUGUCACCCUGGAGUGCAGAGCCUCAGGGGCCACAGAAGACCUGAAGGUGACCUGGCAGAGCAAGGGCCUCCCCAGGGAGCUGGAGCAGAGCGUGACACUGGGACCAGCCCCCGACUCCUGGACCCUGCCUGUGAACCUGCCCCUGAGGCAGCCCAGUGCCAGCUUCACCUGUGUGGUCAGCAACCAGGUGGACCAGAAAACUGCCACCUUAGACCUUGGGGAAGUCUGUGUCCAUGCCAUCCCAAGUCAAGAGUCCUUCACUUCCGGGCUUCCCUGGUGGCACAGUGGUUGAGAGUCUGCCUGCCGAUGCAGGGGACAUGAGUUCGUGCCCCGGUCUCCCGGUCCGGGAAGAUCCCACGUGCCGCGGAGCGGCUGGGCCCGUGAGCCAUGGCAGCUGAGCCUGCGCGUCCGGAGCUUGUGCUCCUCA